AUGCCUCUCCUGACCCUUCCCAACGAGCUCCUAACGAUCAUCGCUAAGGCCCUGGCCGACGUAGGGACGAGCGACGAUGUCACAUUGCUUCGUCUACUGCCUGUGCAUAGACAAGUUGUCUUCUCCGCCGCGCGCAUCCAUGUCAAGACACUAUUGAUCGAGACCGAGCUCCCUCUGCGAACAUACAAUCAGACACAGUACUAUUCGAGCCUCAACAACUUCCCCAUUCGGUCGCCAAUAGCGGCGGAAAAUACUACAACUCGGACCGCAUACGGAAGGGCCCUCAAGCCACGAAUCGAUGUCACAAACCUCAAUCAAGCGCAGAGACGAGCAUUCUGGGACGUCUACCGCGAGAAGCUCAACGAGCAGGAGGCGUUCACACACCACUGGCCCGGUAAUAACUCUAAAGGGUACAAGUCGACGGAGAUCUUCCAGGCAUUGCCGAGCCUCCAGACCAUCAAGUUCACAGGUGGCAACUCCUCUCGAUUCAUGCUUCGUGAAGGCGAUACCCUGAGCCCGGAUUCCCUACACUAUAGGACUCUUACCGUGCCUCCUCCCCUCAGCGUCGACGUCGGCCCGCAGAACCAGAACGCCGCCUAUUUCGCGCGCGAAACACAGGCCCAGAAAGUCCCAGGCAAGUGGCUGUGCUCCAUCUUGGAUGGUCUGCUUCAAUCAGGCAAUGAGAGUGUCCAGCAUCUCAGCAUUGGUGGCCUUCCCCUGCAGUUCUUUCGGUUCAUGCAGCUGCCAACCAAUCACCCUGGUCUACCGGGACUCAAGACUCUCUGGAUUACCCUCAUGGCUCCGCGCACGCUGGCUCCACAGCAGAAAGAUAUCAUACGUACCAACAUCAACUUCUUUGCUAGUCAUAUCGGCCCUAAUAUCGAGGAACUACAGUGGCUUGGCGUAGCAGGCGAGAAUGAGAAUACCGGCGAGGUGUUUCCACAUAUCUUUGCGCCAAACCUCAACCUCGGCGUUGGUGUUGGCUCCCGUCUCGGUUCCCUGAAGCUCGACUGGACCGAGACCUCGUUCGCUGAGAUGACGGGCUUGUUGGGCGUCCACGGUCACGGUCUGACGAAAUUGAGCCUCGCCACCGUGAAGCUAUCUGAUGGGUAUUGGGUCGACAUCUUUCACAAUAUUCGCUAUAUCUGCCAGAACCUGCAGACCGUCAAUAUGGCGGAGAACAUGGCGGACGAGUCGGGCGAGUUGGAGGAGGAGGAGACUGGUAGAGCUUGGGCUGCGAACCCUCUGGGGCAGGGUCCGCUGUACACGGAACUCUGCGACUGGCUCAAGCAUGAUCCUGCUGCGCAUCCUGAUGGUCCACUGCUUGCUACGUGA